AUGUCGAUAUCGCUGUCACAUCGUAUCUACGCUCAGGCAGCUCGUCCUCCAAGGGAACUACUUAUCGCCUGCUCAAUAUCUAUAGCUACGCGAAGCUUUAGUGUAUUACAUCGUCCAGUUCCAAAUUAUCCAGGCCAUGUACCGCUUACUUCUAUUGAGCGGGGUGGUUUGGCUGUAGGCUCAGCAGUCAUGGCAUUUUUCAAUCCUUAUCGUGCAGAUCUAAUAGCAGCUUGUGGAGAAGCCACCGCAACGCCAUAUUUCAUUUACCGUCUCCGUGAUGCCAUGCUUUCUUCUCCCACUGGCCGACGCAUCCUUCGCGAUCGUCCUCGAAUAUCUUCCAAGACACUCUCCAUGACACACCUCCGGAGCCUUCCCCCAAACGCUGUAGGCCGGUGUUAUGCAGAUUGGUUGGAUCGUGAAGGAGUCUCACCCGAUACACGAGAUACAGUAAAAUACAUUAAUGACGAAGAAUGCGCGUAUGUUAUGCAACGGUAUCGCGAAUGCCAUGACUUUUACCAUGCUAUAACCGGGUUACCCAUUGUGCGGGAAGGCGAAGUGGCGCUCAAGGCCUUUGAGUUUGCCAGUACUCUGUUGCCAAUGACGGGUCUGAGUAUGUUUGCUGUAAUGUCAUUAAAACCGGCAGAGAGGAGGAGAUUCUUUACUAUUUAUGCGCCUUGGGCAUUCACGAAUGGCUUGAAAACAGAGGAGGUUAUUAAUGUCUAUUGGGAAGAGCAGCUGGAAAGGAAUGUGGAGGAACUGAGGGAGGAGCUAGGCAUUGAGAAGCCUCUCGACCUUAGAGAUAUUAGGCGGAUGGAGAGGGAGAGGAUAAAGGCUCAGAAAGCAACUUAA